UCAUGGACUAGCAGUCCAUCUUCGAUCCUCCAUUUCGGUGCGCGAUGUCGUCCUCCAAAGACUCUGCCGACCCCCUUCGGCUAGACGCCAAGUUCCAGAAACCCAUAAGACAAUCCGUCUUCGAGAAGCAAAAGGCCGAGGCCGAGGCCAAGCGCAAGCGCGAGGCUGCGGAGACGGCCGCGGUGUACGAAGACUUCAUCAAGAGCUUCGACCACGACGACAACGAUGAUGCGAACCAGAGCACGACAGCGCAGCGGAAUCAGCGACCCGGGUUUGGCGGCCUCGGUGGCCUGCCGCCCUCUGGCCCCGGCGGCGCAUCGCGGCGACACUUUGGCACGUCGUCGGCGUUGAAGAGCGGACCGGGGAGCUUGGGAAUGCCUCCUGUGCCCUUUGCGAAGAAGCGGUCCUUCAACGACUUCUCCAAGGAGCCGGAGGGCAGGGCGACGCUCAAGUUCGACGACAAGAGCGAUGAUGAUGAAGUGGUCGACCCAGCGGAGGAGAAGGCCAUAGCGAGGCCGACUCUACGACUGUCCAACCUACCUCCAGGUAUCUCACCGGCUACGAUCAAAUCACUACUACCUUCUAACUUGACGGUUGAAAAUGUCAAGAUUCAGCCACCAGCUGGGCCUGGGGGAUCUGAAAGGAAAUGCACGGUUGCCAUCGUGACCCUGUCUAAGGAGACCCCCGCAACGGACAUGGAUGCCGCGGUGAGCUCAUUGCAGCACAAGUAUAUGGGCUACGGAUACUAUCUAUCUCUCCACCGCCACCUUUCCUCGGCCGUCAGCUCUACGCUGGCGGGGCUGGCCUCAUCCGCCUCUACAUCUCAACCUUUCGGUGCCAAACCGGUAGACCAGGAGCCUUCGGCUGCGCACGAUCAUUCACGCCACGGAUUCCAAAGAGGAUUCGCUCCGCCACCUUCAUACGCCCACGGACAAGCGGCUGUAAAUCGGACAAACCUGUUGAGCGUGCCGGUCAAGCCGCCCCGGGACAUUCGAAUGAUCCGAUUAAUCAACAAGGUCAUUGAAGGUGUGCUUGAACAUGGGCCUGAAUUUGAGGCUCUGCUCAUGUCUCGUGCUUCGGUCCAGAGAGAGGAGAGAUGGGCUUGGUUGUGGGACGCUAGGAGCGAGGGCGGCGUGUGGUAUCGAUGGAUGCUCUGGGGAGUGAUUACAGGCUCACAUUUGAAGCAGAAAAAGGGCAAGUAUGUUCCUCUCUUUGACGGAGGCCACGCAUGGAAAACGCCAGACACAGGGCUUCGCUUCGAAUACACGACCAAGCUGGACGAGUUCGUUUCGGACGAGGAAUAUGACUCUUCCGAGGAUGAAGAUUUUGAUGGGGAUGCGAACCGUGACGGCGGCCCAACGGUGGAUGAGGAGAAGACCUUUCUCAACCCACUGGAGAAAGCAAAGCUCGUACAUCUGCUGUCCCGUCUUCCUACUACGAUUGGCAAGGUUCGCAAGGGGGAUAUUGCGAGAGUCACAGCCUUUGCCAUUACCCAUGUCAGCCGCGGUGCCGAUGAAGUUGUCGACUUGAUCAUAUCCAAUGUGGAGAGGCCAUUCUCCUUGGCUGUUACCGACGUGGAGAAGAAAAGAGAAGGCAAGGGAGAGCAUCAGACAUCAGGCGCGGAUGAGGGUGCUGCCGGGAGUGAGAAUACUGAUGCAAGCGCCGCAACCCUGGUUGGCUUGUACGUGGUGUUUGAACGGCUGGGGAUGAUGGCGGAGAAGCUUGGCUGGGGUCGCCUACGCGCCGAAAAAUGGAAGCGGAGCGUUACUCUUGUGCUGAAUUUGUGGGAAGGGUGGUGCGUCUUUCCGGUGGAGAGUCACGCACUGUUUAUGAGUGCUUUUGAGAAUCCACCCUCCCUCAAAUCGCAAGAAAAGGCAGACGAAUCUGCCAAGAAGGGGAAAUGGAAGAUUGUCGAGGCCACCCAGGCCGCCGCCACAUCUUCUGAGGCUGCUACUGCUGACGAUGCAGCCAGGGAUGGCGAUGUGGUUGGCAGACCGGCACAGGAGGAAGAAGAGGUAGUAGGCGAGCCGAUUGAGGAAGAGGAAGUAGUAGGCGAGCCUAUUGAGGAGGACGACGUUGACGGUGAGCCCAUCGAAGAUGAAGAUGUGGAUGGAGAGCCGAUUGAGGAAGAUGACGACGUGGCGGCAGAUGCAUCAACUGCCCUGGAGACAGACGCUCGGGCAGAACAGCCCUCUGCGGGCCGGAGCCAGCCGCGGCGGCGAAUGCGAGCAGCUGAUAUGUUUGCGGAUUCGGACCAUUCGGAUGAGAACUAGCUUGCAGCUGCUAGACAAA